AAAGUUGUAAUACUGCAAAUUUUCUGAACUCAAAAAAAUAUGGAUUUGAAGUACAUGGUAUGCAGAUGCUUGAUUCCUUAACCAUUGAUGUGUGCCAAGGUACGUGUCGCACCCAUCAAUAAGCCGCAUGAUUUAAGGUUAAUAUUCUUUUAAUCUUCCCCAAAUAUACAGUGGGAUGAUUAGAAUCCCACCUCUCCCUACUGCGUAGCCUGUGCUUUUGAGGAGGUAAAAGAACACGACCAAGAUGCAUGACACAAAUGUUUCAGUUGAAAACGGGGAAAACAACAGAGGAGAGGGACAUAGCGGCAGUUUAGUCUGAAACAAACGACACAUUAUUUGAUGACAGAUAUGGGGAGAGAAGAGUGGAACACAGCCCACAAUCAGCACGUAUAAAUUGAGGAGAAAUGGAGUGAGUUUGUGAGAAUAUGAGGAAAAGUUUCAGACCGGACACCUGAGAAUUUGGCAUGCUUGAGAUAAAGUUAAAGUCUUUGGCAAUUGGCGGUGGAAAAUCAAAGAGUUUGAAAAUUUUGGAAGGAGAGGAGUGAGACAGGCACCCAGAAUUUGAAAAUUGGAGGGGAGAGAGAGUCAAAGAGAGAUGGAGAGAGGGGGAAAAGGUGAAGAGAGAAGGUGGAAAAAGCAGGAAGAGUCAUUGGGUGUAAAGUUGAAAAGAGGGGUUUUGGUAGGGAAAAGAGGGGGCAAUUGUACUCCUUCUCCAACAUGGAAAUAUGGGUUGGCUCAGACUGAUGGCUCUCUACUUCAAGAUUACACCUUUCCCUCCAAAUCCAAUUCCACCUCUCUCUCAGUCAGAAAGCUUGGGGCUAACCUCUGGGAAGUUCAACCCCUCCCCAGACUCAAGAUGAACAAAGACAAGGGUUUUCAGCUCCCUACCCACUUGCCUCAGCCACUUGAUCCCCCAUCACAACAGCCAGCAGGUGAUUCAAGAGGUCAUGUAGCAUCAUUAAGGAAGCAGCAUAAUAAUCAAUCUGUGGCGGAAAAUGACGAUGCUAUACUGUGUGAAUCUCCUGCAAGCUGCAGUAGCUCGAUGGAGAUGGCUCCAUAUAGGCCUGCUGUGCUUCCUGCUAAAAUGGACAUGAAGGGUAGAAGUGGGAAGUCGAGUUACAGCCUCAAAACAUCCACAGAAUUGCUUAAGGUACUGAAUAGGAUUUGGAGUCUUGAAGAACAACAUGCAUCGCAUAUAUUACUUGUGAAAGCGCUGAAAAGGGAGCUCGAUCACUCCAAAAUGCGAAUUAAAGAACUCCAGCAAGAGAAGAAGAUGAACCGGCUAGAAAUAAACGGACUGAUGAAUCGAGUUGCUGAGGAUAGGCAAAUCGAAGAGGCAGUGAAGGCGCUAAGAGAUGAGCUGGAAGACGAGAGGAAAUUGAGAAAGCAUUCAGAGAAUCUCCAGCGUAAGCUUGGUAGAGAGGUCUCGGAAGUGAAAUCGUCUUUCUCUAGUGCUUUGAGAGAACUCGAAAGAGAAAGGAAGGCACGGGCUAUGCUGGAAGACUUGUGUGAUGAGUUUGCCAAGGAAGUGAAAGAGUACGAGAAAGAAGUCCGGGCCUUGAAGUGCAAACCUAGGAGGGAUCAGAGACUCGGAGAGCACAGUGAUAAGUUGAUUCUUCAUAUUUCAGAAGCUUGGCUAGACGAGCGUAUGCAGAUGAAGGCUGUUCAUGACAACUCUGAUAAAAAAACGAUUUCGGGCAGGUUAGGCUUUGAAAUAGAAGAGUUCCUUAGAGCCAAGCAAUCUGCAGGAAAUUGCAGGCAUUCUUUAGAGUCCUUUCAUCUGGAAGAGGAUGGAAGUGCUCCUAGAAACGAGAACGUUGAAGGAGAAUCCUUCGAUGGCACACUGCACAAGCAAGAAAAUGGAAAGUGCACUUCAAGGAUUCAUCUCGAAGAGAUAACAGAACCGAAUCCCACGAUCAAAAGGAGCCAGUCUCAAGAACUGCCAAAGACUCGGGAGGAGGUACCGAGCAAAGAUCCAGUUGAAGUGAAAGAUGCAAAGGAUCUCGAGAACACAACGAGCAUGCAAGUUCGAUCCCAGAAAAGGAAGAGUAAACAGCUACACAUCCGGGGCUCCUUGCUGAAUAGUUUGAUAAGAAACCAAUUGUCCCGGGGAAGAAAGCAACACGAAGCUGAGGAAAAGCGUGCAGAACAACUCCCUUUUGAUCCUUCAACAUUCACAGGUCCAGAGAAAACAGGCCCAGAAUCUGCAGUUCCACCUGAACCAUCUGCAAAACUGCAACAAGGUGCCAAGGAAAACACCCUGAAGGCAAAGCUACUCGAAGCGAGGUUAGAGAGCCAGCAGCAUCAUCACUCCCGAGCUUCAGAAGGUUCGUGAUAAGUUCGAAACUUCUCCAGGAUAGAUCAAGCUCUAUCAAGAACCAUCAAAUUCUUGCCUAAAUGGAUGCUGUUGCGAAUUUUAGUUAGUACAUUGUACACUUGCCAUAAAUGGAUGGUGAGGGUCUUUGUAGACCUGCAAUCUUUCUGUAAAUGGGUAGUGAGUUUGUUACUUGACAUGAUGUUCUCCAUAGCAACCUAAACAUUAGGUGAUACAAUGUUUGAUAUUUGGUGCAAAAGAUUUUGACAGAUUCAGAGCUGUUA